CUCAGGGUGAAACAGUCGCCUGUUGGAACAUUCGUACAAGCUUCAGCACAUGGUUGACACUGGUCUAUAACAUUCCCGGGCAUUGAUAGCUGUGAGUUUUCGUCUCAGUCAUAACACAACGUGUUAUCUGUGUCAGGUGUUCACAAUGCGUCCGACGCGGGUCCACGCGGAGUCCAGCCAGGUGAACAUGUCAAGCUUCUCCCAGGCGUCUGUGCGGUCAAGGGCCGAGCUGGACGAUGCUGUCAGGAAGGUGUUGGGUGGCCACAGGAGUCGAGUGGUAGAAAUAUGUAAAGGAAACCCAGUGACGAAUUCAGGUAAACGUAUCCAGAUGGCGAAGAUGUUAACGCUGACUAUCAUACCCACCGUCAUGCUCGUCGUUCUCUCCAUCCUCGACGUUGUGAAGGUGUCAGCGCGCAACCAGGUCGGUCAUAACGUGCAGGACAUGAUCCGACUCAGCACCGACGUCGGCAAGUUUAUCCAUUACAUUCAGCGGGAACGAGGGUACACCUCACUGCACAUCUCCGCAACCGCCAGCACAGGGUCAGAGGUCCUCUUGAGAAACAGCUUUCGGGAAACGAACGAGGCCCUGGAGACGCUCGGUCGAUGGCCUGGCGAGACACAGACACCGAUGGAACGAUUUCCUACGAAAGAAAACUUUUUGCUGUAUCUUGAAGAUCACAGAGAUUCGUUGCUUACCUCCCCUGGAUCGACCACGCUUUACAAAGAGGUAAAGUUCUACAAUAACGUCAUUAGAACGUUUAUAACCUGGUUGUACAAGGCUAUACAGUUCUCGCAAGAAGGAGAUAACUGGAGAAUGAUGGUUGCCUAUCAACUACUUUUAACAAGUAAAAAUGACAUAGGCGUGGAGAGAACGCUCGGGAGUGUUUAUUACCUGACGGGUGAGUUCAAUCAAAGAGACUACCUGUGGUAUCUACGUAAGAAGAAUGUCGGGAAUGGAAACUUUGAAGCGUCAAAGCUCUUUUCACCUCUUGUUGAGAGCUAUUUUAAACAAGAUCUGGACAAACAAAAGGAACCCAAUAUCACCCAAAACAUUGAAAAUAUGCGUGUGGAAAUAAGCUCGAGCAAUGGGACUAUAUUACCAUCGGCCGAAAAAAGUAAAUGGUGGUUCGACAACAUGACAGUGUAUCUCGACGUCCUGUUCGACACACAGCUGAUGCUUGCUGACGUCAUCCUGGAAUCAUUGAACCACGAAUUUACAGAAGAUAUACGAAACAUUUCGUUGAGCAUAGCUCUGCUCUGCGCCAUUUUAAUUAUCUGCCCUUUGAUAGUCAUAUCUGUGCGCGCGUUAGUGUCGGACAUUCAGCGUUACGCUUUCACGCUCGCAGACCAAACUAAAGAAUUGACUCGUGAAAGACAAAGGACGGAAUCGUUGCUGUACCAAAUGAUUCCAAAGGCUGUCGCUGACCAGUUGAAGACAAACACAGAGGUGGAGGCCGAGAGUUAUGAAGCAGUCACUAUUUUCUUCUCGGAUAUUGUCGGAUUUACGAGCAUUUCGUCGAUGUGCACACCGAUGGAGGUGGUGGCGCUGUUGAACACUUUGUACACGUGUUUUGACGCCCGUCUCGAGAUCUACGAUGUCUAUAAGGUCGAAACAAUUGGGGAUGCCUACAUGGUCGCUUCCGGUGUUCCGAGGAAAAAUGGCAACAAGCACGCUGUGGAGGUGGCGACUAUGGCGCUUGACCUCGCACAUCACGUGACUCACCUAGAGAUCCCCCACUCCCCCAACACCCCAUUCCGUCUCAGAGCUGGGGUCCACACAGGACCAGUUGUGGCAGGGGUAGUCGGGUCCAAGAUGCCACGAUACUGUCUGUUCGGGGAUACCGUCAACACUGCAUCCAGGAUGGAGUCCACGGGCAUGGCUGACCGAGUUCAACUGAGCAACAACACUUACUACUGCCUCAAGGGAAUCGGGGGCUACUCGUUUGAGAGGAGAGGCGAGAUCGAGGUCAAGGGUAAAGGUCUCAUCACCACAUACUGGCUUCUCAACAAGGACGGGUUUGACAAUCAGCUGCCAUGCAUGCCUGGGUGUAAGAAGUAUACUGAAGCCCAUAAGAGACGCAUCAGCGAGUAUGUGCAACCCCCGUGUAGCUACGUCGGUGACUGACCCAGCGAACAUUGUCAGGGUCACAGCAGUGUUCCGCCAUGACUCUACCCAGGGACAUCGACAAGAUGCAAUGUAUACACGAUCCAGAACCGGUCAUUUCAUAUGUCCUUGUAUCCUGCGGGGGCAGAUUAGAGAUGGGUUAUUUGUUCGGUCUCUGUUUCAAAACAAUGCUUUCUCUGAAACCGGGAGCCGAACACGUUUAGUCAUUACACAACACAUUUAGUUCAUUACAAUCAGCAGCUCCAGCGAUUAGUUACAUUUUAUCCUCCUUCUGUCAGUAUUUUCAAGAACAAACAUUAAAUAUCAAAAUCCCGGCCAGGCCCGUGGAAUAUCGGAUAGUCGUUGCCUUAUAUGACCACCAUUUCCGUCCCUGUCCAACUGAAAUCAGACGGAAUUAAGAAAAAUUAAUUAAACAUCGAUUAUUUUCAGACGUUUUUGAUAAACUAUUACUCUUGUGUGGUUCCGUGUCAUAAAUGUAUAAUAUUAGGAAUAAACAAAAUCUGCAUUACGACAAAGGCUCGCAUGAUACAAUUUGUAUAACUACUAUAUAGUUACGAUACGGAAACACACUUACCUAAUAAUUUCUUUAUAUAUGUUUUCAAGUCUACAGGUGUAACUGUAUAUCGGAUGCCAAUGAUGACGUCACAAAUGAUGACGUCUAUAUCUGUCUGCACAACGUCACCCUUAGGGUUGUAGAAUACAAAGAAACUUCACUUUAAAGUUUCUGUCAAAGUUUUAUCAAAGACAACGUUGAUUUAUAUUGACAUGUGUGACUAUUUAAUCUUAUAUUUGCUGCUGGGAAGUUUCCCAGUCAAUGGUUCAACGGAAUUAUUCGUCCGAUCUACAAAGUUGAAGGAGGUACAGAUGACCCUAGAAACUUUCGGCCCAUAUGUCGUAUAAGUUGCCUCGGAAAAUUGUUACCUCAGUUCUUAAUACAAGAUUAAACGAUUGUGUUGACAGUAAUAACAUUCUGUCAGAAUCACAAGCGGGUGUUAGACAUGAUUCCUCCAUAAAUGAUGAUAUUUUUUACCCUGUUAUAAUUAUUGAAUUAUUAAACAUAAUAAUAAUGGAUUGUGGUUUUAUUUAUUUCCAAAAAGCUUUUGACAAUGUUUGGCAUAUGGAAAAAAUGAUCAGCACAAGGUAUUGAUGGGAAACUUAUUCGUAAUAUUGUUAAUAUGUACGAUGGCAAUAAAUCAUGUGUGUGUACCAAAGGUGAAAAUUCAGAACAAUUCCCUUGUCGUAUUGGUGUCCGUCAAGGAGACAAUUUGUCUCCAAUCUUGUUUUCAUUGUUUUUAAAUGAUCUGGAACCAUUUUUAUAUUCUCAAAAUGGUCACUUAAUGGACUCUUUGAUCUCUCCGUUGUUCUGUUGCAUUACCACAUGCAGAUGAUGCUGUUUUAUUAGCUUUCAAAAUGAACAAAUAUGUUUGAUAUCCUUUCACUUUACUGCAAAACAUGGAGAUUGCAUAUCAAUACUAGCUUAUAGUUUUUGGUGGUACAAAAAGAGACACGAGUAAACAUAUUAUUUAAUGGUUCACCAAUCGAACAAGUUAACGAUAAUACAUAUCUUGGCAUUCACUUUACAAAUAAAAACUCUUUCAAAACCUCUAAAAAAUCAAUUGUGAAUCUGACACCAAGGCCGUGUACUUUGUAUUAUGUAAAAGUAGAACAUUUAAUCGAGCCAUGAAAUGUCAAUUAUAUCACUUCGAUGCUAAUUUUAUUAUGUGGUUGUGAAAUCUGGGGUUUUAAAAACUGUAAACAAAUGGAAUCUGUGUACGUUAUUUUUUACGUACAUACUUCUCAUUUAGAAAAGUACACCUUUAUAUAUGUAGUAUGGAGAACUUGGAAGAGUACCUUUAAUUAACUCAAAUGUCGAAUGGUAUGUUUUUGGGCUGAGCUCUUAUCUGGCAAAGAACAAAAGUUUUCAAAUGUUGUGUAAUGAAUUCUGUACAAACAAUAGCUGUCAUAAAUCGAUAAAAUAUUUGGAAAGUAUUUUCAAUGAAACGGCUAUAUUUUUUAUUUGUUAAGCAAACAAGCAGUUCUUCCUAAUGUCCUUAAAUCUAUCAUUUCGAUAAGAUUAUCUGAUAUAGCAACUCAAACAUGGAAUAGUGUUAUUACAAAUACCCCUAAAGGUAUCACAUAUCGCAUAUUUAAAACUGAACUCGUCCUUGAAAAGUAUUUAUUAUUUAUCUCUUUCUCUUUGGCUGUAACAUUACUCUUGUGAAGAGCCUCGUGCCAUCAUUUUCCUAUUAAAUUAGUCAGUUGGCACAAAAUCCCUGUCAAUGAAAGAACGUUUUAACUCUGCGACAUGAGCAAUGUUGAUGAUAAAUUCCAUUAUAUUUUUCGUUGUCCUUUUUUUAAACACCAAC